GUUGUCCGUCUCGCUGCGAAAGAGUCGGUUGGGAAGUCCGACUAUUGUACCGAUUGGGGCAGCGGAGAGGGAGCAGCGCACCGCGGGCGGCCCGACCCGACCCGACCCGACCCGACCGCACGUCCAGCGCCAGUCAUGGAGCCGGUGGGGCCGGCGGGACCUCCUGCAACAACCAGCUUGUUCCAGCCGCCUCGCAGGCCUGGGCUCGGCACAGUGGGGAAACCUAUCCGACUGCUCGCCAACCAUUUUCAGGUUCAAAUCCCCAAAAUUGAUGUUUACCAUUAUGAGGUGGACAUUAAACCAGAGAAACGUCCCCGCAGGGUCAACAGAGAAGUGGUGGACACCAUGGUCCGACACUUCAAGAUGCAAAUAUUUGGAGAUCGACAGCCAGGCUACGAUGGUAAAAGGAACAUGUACACGGCAAAUCCAUUACCAAUUGGUCGUGAGAGGGUUGAUUUAGAGGUGACUCUUCCUGGGGAAGGCAAAGACCAGACCUUUAAGGUUUCUAUUCAGUGGGUCUCAGUCGUCAGCUUGCAACUGCUGUUGGAAGCUUUGGCAGGACGUCUCAGUGAAGUCCCUGAAGACUGUGUACAGGCACUUGACGUUGUCACAAGGCACCUUCCAUCAAUGAGGUAUACACCAGUGGGUCGUUCCUUUUUCUCUCCUCCAGAAGGUUACUAUCACCCUCUGGGUGGGGGCAGGGAGGUGUGGUUUGGUUUCCACCAGUCUGUCCGGCCCGCCAUGUGGAAUAUGAUGUUGAACAUUGAUGUAUCUGCCACAGCGUUUUACAGAGCUCAGCCCGUCAUUGAGUUCAUGUGUGAGGUGUUAGAUAUCCAGAACAUCAAUGAGCAAACCAAACCACUGACUGAUUCUCAACGUGUGAAAUUUACCAAAGAAAUACGAGUGAGAGGAACUCUGCAUACUGUCUGUUCAGGUCUGAAAGUGGAAGUCACUCACUGUGGACAGAUGAAAAGAAAAUAUCGAGUGUGUAAUGUCACCCGACGGCCGGCCAGUCACCAGACGUUUCCUCUACAACUGGAAAACGGGCAAGCAAUGGAGUGCACAGUGGCACAAUAUUUCAAACAGAAAUACAACCUACAGCUUAAAUAUCCUCACCUGCCUUGCCUACAGGUGGGACAGGAACAGAAACACACCUACUUGCCACUAGAGGUGUGUAAUAUUGUGGCAGGCCAACGCUGUAUCAAGAAACUAACAGACAACCAGACAUCAACUAUGAUCAAAGCAACAGCACGAUCAGCCCCCGACAGACAAGAGGAGAUCAGCCGUCUGGUGAAGAGUAACAGUAUGGUCGGUGGCCCAGAUCCCUAUCUGAAGGAAUUUGGUAUUGUGGUUCAUAAUGAAAUGACUGAGGUCACAGGCCGAGUGCUCCCAGCACCAAUGCUCCAGUAUGGAGGCAGGGUAAGUCUGAUGUUGGACGGAAGCAGCUGGAAUUGUGAAUGCACAGGACUUGAAAACAAGACUGUGGCUACCCCCAAUCAGGGUGUGUGGGACAUGAGGGGCAAGCAGUUUUAUGCUGGCAUUGAAAUCAAAGUUUGGGCAGUCGCCUGCUUUGCACCACAGAAACAGUGUCGGGAGGAAGUUCUAAAGAGUUUCACUGACCAGCUGCGGAAGAUCUCUAAAGAUGCUGGGAUGCCAAUUCAGGGGCAGCCAUGUUUCUGUAAAUAUGCACAGGGAGCGGACAGUGUAGAGCCUAUGUUUAAGCACUUGAAGCUGACCUAUGUAGGUCUGCAAUUGAUUGUCGUUAUCCUCCCAGGAAAAACGCCUGUAUACGCUGAGGUGAAGCGUGUGGGUGACACCCUCCUGGGGAUGGCUACACAGUGUGUUCAGGUGAAGAAUGUCGUCAAAACAUCUCCACAGACAUUAUCAAACCUUUGUUUGAAGAUCAAUGCAAAACUUGGUGGCAUCAAUAACGUCCUCGUACCUCAUCAGCGUCCGUCAGUGUUCCAGCAACCCGUGAUAUUCCUGGGAGCAGACGUCACACACCCACCAGCCGGGGAUGGCAAGAAGCCCUCCAUUGCUGCUGUGGUUGGCAGUAUGGACGGACAUCCCAGCCGAUAUUGUGCCACAGUACGUGUGCAGACGUCAAGACAGGAAACUUCUCAGGAGCUUCUAUUCAGUCAGGAGGUUAUCCAGGACCUGUCCAACAUGGUGCGCGAACUCCUCAUCCAGUUUUAUAAAUCGACCCGCUUCAAGCCAACCCGCAUCAUCUAUUACAGGGGAGGCGUGUCUGAGGGACAGAUGAAACAGGUUGCUUGGCCUGAGCUUAUUGCCAUCCGGAAAGCUUGUAUCAGCCUGGAGGAGGAUUACAGACCAGGCAUAACAUACCUCGUCGUUCAGAAGCGACAUCACACACGACUCUUCUGCGCUGACAGAAGUGAGAGGGUGGGUAAAAGUGGGAAUGUUCCUGCAGGCACCACUGUUGACAGCACCAUCACUCAUCCCUCCGAAUUUGACUUCUAUCUGUGUAGUCACGCAGGAAUUCAGGGUACCAGCCGUCCUUCACACUACCACGUCUUAUGGGAUGACAACUGCUUCUCAGCCGAUGAACUUCAGCUGUUGACCUAUCAGUUAUGUCACACCUAUGUGCGCUGCACACGCUCCGUCUCCAUCCCAGCGCCGGCCUAUUAUGCAAGACUGGUUGCUUUCAGAGCCAGGUAUCACCUUGUGGACAAGGAUCAUGAUAGCGCUGAGGGAAGCCACGUAUCUGGACAGAGCAAUGGACGGGACCCCCUGGCACUCGCCAAGGCUGUACAGGUUCACCACGACACCCAGCACACAAUGUAUUUUGCGUAAGAGCUGCUGGAGUUUCCGGCGAUUUUCAGCACAUUGUGCCGCUCUGAAACGUCCUUGCAUCUAGUGCUAAAAUGUUUUUAAAAACUCAUAAGGGCCAAGCGGGUUUCAGACCGCACUUUUACCAGCGAAUGAGAUCCAACGCACUGAAUGACUCAUUGACUCAUUGGGGGUUUGAAUGCACAGAGAAAUGAGCCAUUGUUCUUCAAAGUUUAUCAAAAGCACUAUAUAAGGACUGUAGUGGUGAUUUUUCACUGUACUGAUUUUAUAUUUUUUACCUCAAGGCGCCAAGGCCGAACAUCCUAGGGAAAAGUUGCAUGAAUGAAUUUUAAUUGUUACUGCACUCAGUAGCAAGUUUUGAUAUUGUUUUUUUUCCUCUCUUGUUUCUACGAGGUAGCACUGUUGUAAAACUCCCAUCUAUUUUUAAUCUUUUUGCAAACAGAUUGUCGUGUGUAUGUGUGUGGGAAAUGAACAGUAGGAUACUUCUUCAUCGGUAGCUUCCAGUGUGUUAAUUGUACAAAACUUUCAAAGGGAACCCUUCGAAAUACACAGCUACAAAGAGAAAAGUGUUUCCAAACUGUACAAGUACAGCAAACCUCAUUGUUACACACGUGUGAAUAACUGCAAAGUAGUUCCUAUCGCAGGGAGCUUGAGCUCCGCUCCUGACUUGGAUGCAGCUUAAAAAGGUUGAGGUUUGUGGUAAAAAUUGUUAAAACGAGGUUGACUGUAAAUAUGUUUCACUGUUUGACAUUUUUGGGAAAUAACUAUUAAUUCCAAAACUUCCAUGAAAUGAUUCUUUGCUGUAAACACUUAUAGAUGUCCUGUGAUGCAAGACACACACCCCCGACUGCAGGUUGUUUUGGCCUGACGACUGGGGUCUCGGAUCUGUCGCUGUCUUAAAGCAGUUCAGUAAUCUUAAACCGUUCUGUUUUGAUUUUUAUAUGGCCAGCUGGACUGUCCGUUCCAGUCAGUUCCUUCACCCACUUCUGCUGCCACAACUGUAAUGUAUUUCCUGUGGUCAGCUAUUUUGGAGACAUUGGCAGCUAAAAGAUCUGAGCUCGUUACAUUUGUAGAUUAAUAGUUCAAGUGGCCAGAUAACGUUUCGACACCCUGUUUUUGCCAGGACAAUCCUGAUUGAUAGUAUGGCAAACAGCUGCCAUGGAUAAAUUCCCAGGGAAUGAUUUUAAUUUUUUUUUUAAAUGGAGAUUUUGCACUAAAGUCUUUGUCUAAAUGAUUUUACCUGAAACCUUAAUCCAAGUUAAGUGCAGUAGAAUCCUGUCAUACGCACUACGUUUGGACAAAGUUCCUCAUAAAUUACACAUGCAUAUAACAGGAGUCGCUUUACCAGUAAGUCAGGAGUAAACGGGACUUGUUUAAAUAAACAAAAUUGCUUAAUAGAACUGCAUAUACUAUACGUGGAUUGUACUGUACUUCAAUAUUUUGAAAGAAAAAUGUUCUUGUUGAGGUAACUUUUAUAGUCAAUGUUUUUUUAAGAAAAAUUUUGGGAACAUUUUUUUGUUCCUAAUUCAUGUUAGAAGCUUGUGUUCCAAGUACCCAUUUUCUGCUGCCAUGACAAUACAGUGACACUUCAAGUGUCUACUUGAUGGUGAUUGGAAAGUGAUGUGUUGCAGAAACUAUUCGCGUGCUUGGGUUUAAAAAAAUACUUGACUGUAUUUGUUAUGUUGAGACUUUGCCUGCUGGACUAUCAUGAUCACUUUGUGUGUUGACCCAGAAACCUACCAGUUGAGUUGCUGUACUGGGAAAGCAGCAGGAAAUAUGGAUUCACAUUUGCAGUACAAAUUGAAGAGAAAUCUCAGUUCAUAACGAGUAUAGCAUGAUAGUUCGAUUUUAUUUAAAUUUGUGCAUUCUUGUAUGUUCCUUUUUUUGUGUCUAAAGCAUCAUUGUGCAAUAUGUGUUCAAACCCCUCCAAUGUAAAGCAGAGCAGACACCUUGUAUAGGAAGGACGGGCAUUUAUUGGCCAAAGUGGUGGACGAUGAAACACAGCCUGGUUCUAAUAUCUUAAUAUAAUCUGAACAAUCUGGUGCAGGGGUGAGGGGAGCAGACAGUGUCUGCAGAAUGUGCUUCAGGGUUCUGGAUUUAGAAUGAAUUAGCACUGUCCUGCUCCCUCCUUUAUUUCAAAACAUAUACACUUUGUGCCAUCUUCCAGUCAAGCGAGUUUAUUUCCACAAACCGGGGUACAGGAGCUAUCAUUUUGAAGCGCAAUAUCUAAGAAACCACAAGACCAACCAACGCCUUUUUAGACCGAGCUGCUAACUUCAGUUGAUCACUAAAGACAAAUUUGGAAACCACAACUGUCACAACCUAGUUUAUUUUAAUUGCUUCCUCCCUUGCCACCCUAUCCAAUUGCAACCUUAGAACUAUUGUCGAAAUUUGACUUUAAAUAGUAUUCUUCCAUUCAAGCAUAUGUUCAACUCCUCUCACAUCGUUUAUACUCGCCCAGGCUACAUCUUGUCUUGAAACUAGCUGACUAGGUAAAUAUCUACAUACCUUUAUUGCUGCUGUACAUUAAGAUGCUUUCAAGAUAUCUGAAUAUUGCAUAUUGCAUAUUGGUAUCUUCCUCCUUGUAUCUUUCAGCCACCCUCCCCAACCCUAAAACUGUUGUACUUUUUGGCAGCAAUUUAAAACGAUUUGUUGUAUUUAA